AUGUCUAAACGUAAAUAUAAAACGUUAUCAGUAUCUGAAAAAUUAAAACUUCUAUCAGAUUAUGAUUGUGGAAAGUCGCGUGAUGAACUGUGUAGGGAGAAUAACAUACCAAAGUCAACCCUGUGUAGAAUUAUUCAAAAUAACGAGAAAAUUCGGUCUCAGUGUAUUGAUGGAAAAGGAAAACUCAAACGAAUACGAGCCGCAGAGUAUCCUGAACUUGAAAAGUGUCUCUGUACAUGGAUAAAGCAGAGAAAGCUGAAGAAUUUGCAAAAAAAGCUCCAUUUUGAUAAUUUUUCUGGCAGUAAUGGGUGGUUGGAAGGAUUUAAGAAAAGAAACGAUAUCACAUUCAAAAAUGUUUGUGGCGAGAGCAAUUCUGUGGACAAUAACGAAUGUAAUGAGUGGAUUAAAAACCUUCCAGCUUUAUUACACGAUUAUUCCCCCGAUGACGUAUUCAACGCCGAUGAAGCGGGCUUAUUCUACAAGUGUCUUCCGGAUAAAACAUUUACGUUCAAAGGUCAGCCUUGCCAUGGUGGUAAAUUGAGUAAAGAUCGGGUCACAGUACUUGUAAGUGCAAAUAUGUCUGGGACUGAAAAACUGCCACUUCUUUUAAUUGGAAAAUCUAAGAGCCCAAGAUGCUUCAAGGGUAUUAAAAUGUUGCCUGUUAAUUAUAAAAACAAUAAAAAGGCCUGGAUGACUUCUGAAUUAUUUGCAGAUUGGUUAAAAAAAGUGAACGCCGAUAUGAGGGCCCAAAAACGAAAGAUCAUUAUGUUUGUUGACAACUGCACAGCUCACAACAAUAUGCCCAAAUUAGACUAUGUUACAUUAUUGUACUUACCCGCCAAUACCACAAGUAAAUUACAGCCCAUGGAUCAGGGUAUUAUCAACAACUUUAAGGUUUACUACAGGAAGGAAGUUGUUCAGUAUGUUCUUAAAUCUAUAGAAGAGGAUAAAAGCCCAGAAAUUAACAUCCUCCAGGCCAUGAGAUUUGCGAGAAAAGCUUGGUUUUCUGUUAGCAAAACUACAAUUAGUAAUUGCUUAAAAAAAGCUGGAUUCAAAGUCACGAAUGUAUCUGAACCUGAGAGCCUACAAGAGGAGCCAGAGAUCUGUGAAACUUUUCCAGAAUGGGAUAAAUUAUUUACUGAAUGUAGGAAUGAGCAACAGGCGACUUUUCAGGAUUUCGUUUCUAUGGAUAAUAAUGUACUCAUUUCAGAGGAGCUCAAUGAUGAUGACAUAGUUGCUAUGUAUUCUUCUUUGGACACAGAAGAAGAAGAAGAGGAAGAAGACUGUGAAGAGACUCCAGUGAAAAUUUCAAAGUGUGAGGCAAUGGAAGCUUUAGAAACUUUACACAAGUAUUUCGAAAUGUCAAAUGUUGAUGAUUCUAAUAUUUUUGAUCGAAUUUAUUAUAUCGAGAAACAGGUUUCAGCAACUAGCAAUCAAGUACAAACAACCAUUACCGAUUACUUUAAGUCAUAAUCGUUACAAUAUUGUUUUUUUUUUAUAUGUAGUACAAUCAUAUCUACUACAUUAAAUUCUUAACACCAAAAAUACGCAUUUUUAUUAACAUUUCCACGUCUAAUAAAAGAAUAAAGGCACAUUUCUACCUCUGUAAAGGGGCCUCUGUAAAUGAGACAACUAUAAUUUUAAACCUGUUUAAUUGGAAAACUGGAUUAUUGGAAACUCUCAAUAAUUGGUACAUAUGUCUUGGUCCCUUGAGAUCCCAAUUAACCAGGUUUC